AUGUUAACGCCAUUUUUUGUUUUUCACGCCAUUUUAACGGACUACGUGACUCCCUCACUGGUUUUGAAAAUGAAUGCGGUUACAGGAAUAGCAGAUUUAGUUCAAACUUAUGGAACAACAGUUGUGGUUAUGUUCAUAUUUGGAUCCAAUUAUGUCAGAAAAGAGUGUAUUAUUGAAGCUUUAAAUGAAAUACAUAUCGUCGACAACAAAUUAGUAGAGUUUGGUUUUGUAUUACUAUUCGUUGCAACUGUUAUGGCAUGUGUGGAAUAUUUAGACUGUUAUUUAUUCAUCUGCGCAGUCAUGUCGUCGAAUACGUUUUGCAACCUGAUAUGUGUUUUAGCAAUCACCAUAAUUGUGUUAGAAGAGAUUCAAUUUUUCACGUACAUUUUACUGCUGAAACACAGAUUUAAAUUGCUGAAUUCGCUGCUAAUAAACAAAUUUGCGCAAAAUAAAAAGGGUUACGAGAAAAUUAACUGCUUCAAAAUUCAUCCCAUGACAAUACAGAAUGGUGAUAAGGGAACGAUUGUGAAGCUUAGAUCUUUACAUCUCCGACUCUGUUUUGCUGGGAAAUUAUUAAAUGAAUAUUUUAGCAUACAAAUUCUGCUUGUAAUCGGAUUCGCUUUUGUUGGAUUCACAACAAAUGCUUAUUAUUCUUUUGAUGUAAUUUCUGACAACUUCAUAAAUAAUAAUAGCAGUUUUGACGAUCUUCCUACAACAAUAAUUUGGACUUUUGCCAAAUUCGCGGAAUUGCUUUCGAUAUCGGUGAUCUGUGCUAUAACGAAAAAUGAGGUGAAUCAGACAGGCGAAAUAUUGUAUCAGUUGAAGCAAAGGUUUAAAAAGACGGUUGCAACGCAGAUACAUCUUUUCGGCAAGCAAAUAAUGCACUGUGACUUCAAAUUUACAGCGUUCGAUUUCUUUAAUAUCGACAUGACUCUUUUUUAUGGGGUUAUCGGUUCAGCAGCAACUUAUCUUACGGUUUUGAUACAAUUUGAGAUUGCCGCUAAACGUUCCAACAAAAAUGAUUCCCUUCAUUACGCAGUAACAGGUAGAAACAACGGAGCACUGAUAUCUUAUUCAAUGGAUCAAUGAUAACCAUGUUUUAAUUUUGAUCAAAAUCAGCGAUUCACCGAAUGAUGUAAUUUGUUAUCGCACCUACACAAUAAUCAAGUGGAAACUUUAAAUUGGUUGGUAGUUUUAUGCUCACAAAACGCAGCACAAAAUGUAAAUUAAGUCUAAUCAAUAAUGAA